AUGCAAGUAAAUCAAACCAAUAUAAGGAAUCAUUCAGUAGACAAUGUCAGAACUUAAAACGAUAGAGUCUAGUAACCAGCUUAGAUUCAUCCUCAAAACAAUGUAUUCUCGUCAAAUCAGAGGGCGCAAGGAUUAUCAAGACCUAUUAAUUCUGAACCUGAAUUGCAUAAACAAAGAAUAUUUAACUAAGUAAAAUCUAAAAUUUACACAUCUAAUUCGCUCUUGUCAAAGCUAAGAAAUAAUCCUGUCAAUACAUUACAAGCAUUUCUCUAGAGAGUAGAGUGCUAAGUUAAGGUACCAGAAAACUUGCCUGAAAAUGAACUUCAUUAAUUUCUACUAAAUGAACUAUGCACCUACUUGACAACGGACAGGGGCAGUUCUGGAGCAUAAGAAGCAAGUGCUGGGAAUGCACCGAGAACUAAUCCAAGAAACAGAUAGGUCUCUACAGCAGUUGAUCAAAGAAUGUCUCUAGAUGUAGAUAAUCACUAGAACACAGUAAACUCAACAAACUCAAUAAAUGGAAAUCAAUAGAAUGGCACAGCUAUUUUAGCCUAAACAUCUCCAACAUUAAUUAGAAUUCCGAUGAAUCCUAUGAAUGUAAUAAACGUUGAGUCUCAAGAUUGUAUUGAAAAGGUUAACCCAUAGUUAAAUCCUCCACUAUAAAAACAAUAAAACUCAAACAACGCUAAGACAUAGCCACUAAGUAGUGAAAGACCUCAGUUAUUGAUUAAUGAUAAGAUUAACAAAUGCAUGAGCACCAAUGCCAAAAUGAAGAGAUUUAUGUGUGCCUAAUGCCAGCUUUUGUAUAUUGAUCCAUUGUAAAUACCAGUACAAACUGUUUUAAGGCCAUUUUUAGUUCAUUAAGCACAAGAUAAUGAUGCUACGCUUCGAGAUACUAAAAAUCCAGCUUUACCUAAGGAGUGUUGUAAAAAGUUUACAAUAACGAAGUAACUCCUUGAUUAAAUUAAGUAGCAAUCCAGGAUUUAAAAUGUAGACAAUGCAAAAAAUACUCCAAAAUUAUUGAUUUAACUUAGAUGCAUCAGAAUGAACAAUAAGGAUGGCCUGCUUUCUUAGAAUUUCCCUUAAUUUGGAUUUUACAGAGUUAACCUUGACAAUAGAAAGCUAGCUCACCUAAAAAUAGCUGAACCGCCAAAUGACAAGAAAAGACAUGACAAGUUUUAUGAUUUGACGGAUAUUCUCAAGAAUGGAGAAAAUUCUCUAGAAAUUGUCUAGAUUUUCAAAAAUGACAAGGAUCCAUUUAAAUAUGCCUGUGGUAUAUUCAUCGUUAGAAAUUUUGAGUAAUAAGAAUUAGUUAACUAUGUCAAAAAUCUCUAACCAGUAAUUCCUUUCUAAGAAGGAUUAUCGUUGAUAAAGAAAAGAUUCGAAAAGCCAGAAUGCCUAACAAAUUAAGAGGACUUAAAGUGCUAGUUCACACAAAAGAAGAUCAUCAUCCCAGUGAAAGGUCAAUGGUGUGAGCACGAUCUAUGCUUUGACUUGGAGAAUUAUAUAGGUAUGAACUAGAACCCCACAAGUCGCAAAUGGAUUUGCCCUUGCUAGCCUAGCGACAAGCCAGUAAUACUAAGAAGAGAUGAAUUCACAAUGAAGCUAUUAGAAAUAGCCAAACCUGAUGAGGAUGUUUUGCAUAUUACUGAAAACUUAGAGAUAAAAUUCAAAGAUAAUAGAUUGUACAAAAUUUAAGGAAAUAAAUUCGUCUUAGAUGGAUAGGAUUCAAGUAUCUAAGGCCCGGAGGCUGCAGAAUAGAAUGAAAAUUUCAGUAGUCUGGGGGACUUAUAGCCUUAAUCAUAGACCCCUCAAGCAAUAGAAUAGAUCAAUAGAAAUGUAGACUCUUCAAUCAUUGAAGAAUCAAAAGAAGAGUUUCUUGUGCCUUAGCAGUUUCCAGUUCAUAACUCUCAUGAAAACGCAAUGCUUGGAAAGAGAAAAAGGAUGAAUGACUAGUAACUCUAGCAAUCAAAGAGUAUAGAGUUGAGAAAUCCUAAUGACAAGACAGUUAAUGGGACUGUAAAUGGCUACUAAGACUUCCAGAUAGACUUAGACUGUUCAGAUAACUCUGAGCCUCAGUAAAAUAAGUUCUUGAAAAAUGGACUUUACAAUAUUCAAUCGGAACCCAACAAAAGGAUUCAAUCUACUUUCUAAGGGCAGAUGUACUAGCACCACAACAACCAGAUAAGACCUCAUCAACAAGGCAUGAUUCCACCAGCAUUUCAUUAAAACAUGAUGAACUAGCAAUAGUAUAACUAAAACUAUGCUUAUGCAUAGUAAGUUGUACCUAUUUAGCAGCAUAUUUACAAUGGUAAUCAAGCAUAAAUUUCCCCCUAAAGUGUUUAUGUAAUGUCAGGAGAUCAAAGCUAUUAUGGUAUGCAACCAAGUCAUAUGCAAACAUCUGGAAUAAUGCCUCAGAAUGGAUACUACUCUUAAGCAAAUUUAGAUUUAGUGAAAUAAUAGAUGCUCCAUACUUAGUAAAAGGAAUUCUAAGACAUGUUCUAAACUCAAAAUUAGUAAGAAGUUAGCAAGCAAACCACUCUAAGGAUGAAAGACAUAGUGCCAACAAACCAACCCACCCAGAAAGGAAAUUCCCUAAAGAAUACGAUACUCUCAAAGAAUCCACAGAUCAGCAGCAUGUAUGACUAGAAUGGCUAGUAUAUCAAUCACCAAGGACAAACCUAAAGCAAAAAUAAUGCACUUAAUGAUGUUGCUAAAAACAUGAUAAAUGGAAAAGAAAAGAAUAUGAUGGUGCAGAAUCAUAUCAAUAACACUGCCACUAUCAAGUCAUAGAUCAAUAACUCUUCAGUAAACAAUAUGCACUAAACGGGAAUGGGGUAAGCCUAAGGCAAGACUGAAUUGAAAAUGGCAGGAACUAAGCCAAUUAACUCAAUGGCAACUACACAGCAAAGCCCAAAGCAAUAAAUCUCUGGCAGCAAUCAAAGCUAAAUAAUAAAUAGUGGGAGUGGCAGCAGUAAAUUGCCGUCAUCCCUGACAACUACAACUAAUAUUUCUAAUUUAAGCAUACCUUAGGUGCAGUCGCCUCAUUAAUAAUAGAAAGCAGGUUAAUUUGAGUUAAUAGAAAUUGAUGACUGA